UUUUGCCGUGACAGCGCCAUAAUCAGACUGUUUAAUGUGUGUAAAAGCGCUGUUGUUUCCCCUGAAGAGAAACGAGGACGAAGCAAAGCGCCAUUUUGGUUUUGCUGGAUCAGCGCGCGCUGCAUGUCCUCCUAAAGUCCCUUUAUUUUUGGAACAGUUUGGCAUCUGGGGGUCUUCUAACGCAUGCAAUUAAUGCACUUUAACCCAAGAAAGCAUGCACAAUGAUGCAGCGGUGGAGAUUCAUCGUUUAUGUGACGUUUUCUCAACAUAUUGUGCGUGUCAGGAACCACGAGCGGGAAUGCUGAUCCGGGAGCUGGUGCGGAGAUUCCUGAUCCGCCAGGUGGAUUGUGGGAAUCGGGUCACGGUCCUGAGAGCUCUGAGCGUCAAACCCCAGCCGAAGUCAGAUUUGGCGGAGUUUCGAGAGGUUUUCUCUAAGGCCAAGCACAUCGCCAUCAUCACGGGAGCCGGUGUGAGCGCUGAGAGCGGCCUGCCCACCUUCCGCGCGGCCAGCGGACACUGGAGGAAGUGGAAGACGCAGGAUCUGGCAACCCCGCAGGCGUUUUCCCGUAACUCGUCACUUGUGUGGGAGUUCUAUCAUUACUGGAGAGAGUUGGCUCUGAAGGCCAAACCUAGCGCUGUUCACCUGGCCAUCGCAGAGUGUGAGGCCCGUCUCAGACAGCAGGGUCGCGCCGUGGUGGUCAUCACGCAGAACACGGACGAGCUGCACCGCCGAGCCGGGAGUAAACACAUCCUCGAGGUCCACGGGAGUGUUUUCAGGACCCGGUGUCUGAGCUGCGGAGAUGUGGAUGUCAAUCAUAACAGCCCCAUCUGUGCUGCCCUGGAGGGGAAAGGUGAUUCAGAUCCAAACUGCCCUGAUGCUGAUAUUCCUGUGGGAAACUUACCACGGUGCGAUGAGGGAGGCUGCGACGGUCUCCUGAGGCCCGACGUGAUCUGGUUCGGGGAGACGCUCGACUCGCACGUCCUCACUAAGGUGGAGAAAGAGCUGGACGCCUGUGACCUCUGCCUGCUGGUCGGCACUGCGUCUGUCGUCUUCCCAGCCGCCAUGUUUGCCCCCCAGGUGGCGUCCCGAGGCGUUCCAGUGGCCGAGUUCAACAUCCGGCCGUGCUCCAGCACGUCUCCGUCUACGUUUUAUUUUCAGGGCCCGUGUGCUGAGACGAUCCCCCUCGCUCUCGCACCUCACCAGUCCGAGCCGAUGUGAGACGCCGAUGUCCUUCUCAGAGACCACAUUUAACCUGCGUAGGACGAGCUGCCGAUUAACAGACUGCUUUUAUACACCUGGAUUUGGAAGUGUGUGUGUGUGUGUGUGUGUGUGUGUUUUUUACUCCACAGGAUUCUACAAAUAACCUGAGAAGCUGAAAUGUUUUCUCUCAUGAGCGUAAAUAAUUUGUGCUUGGAAUAGCAGUUUGAAAUCACUCCAAACAUGCCAAAAGCUCCAGCUUUUCUGUUUCAUUCUUUAGACACAGUUUUUUAUAUUUUUUCCUCAAUGAAAGAAAUUUGUAAGAAAUAUGUGAAUUAAGUUUUUUUUGGAAAGAAUAAUAAAAUACCCCUCUUUUGUAUGUUUACAGAAUCAAUAACUGUGUCCCUUUUUCUGAAAAGACUUACUUGACUUUGUAUUAUUCUGUAAUCUAUUUUAUAUAAAUUGCAAAAAUUAUUUUUUUUCAUUCAAAAAAUAAUUGAAUAUUAAAUUUUUCAGAAUUUCUUUUUUGGUGGGAUUUUUUUUCUUUUUUCCCAUUUAUUUUUAAUAUUCAUUCGUUCAAUAAUAUAUAUAUAUAUAUAUAUAAUUAUAAUUUUUUUUUGUUUGUUUGUUUUUGUAUUAAUUUUUUUUAUGGCAUGUCGUUUAGGAAAUUAUCCAUGACAUAAUUGAAUAAAAACUCUGUUCAAUCAAACCUGACGUCAUUACGGUGCAGCCACCAUCUUGUACUUCAGGCAGAAUGAGAGAGUUAGCGAGAGUUAGUUCGCUGCAAUAUAUCUCAAUAUUCAAUUUAUUCAAUAUUCUCACCUUUCAUUCAAUAGAUAUUCCGAGUUUUUAUUCAAUUCUCUAAUGGAUAAUUUCCUAAACGCCAUAUAUAUAUAUAUAUAUAUAGAUUACAUCUCUAGCAGAAGUGUUUGCUUUGUUUCCUUGCAUUACAGUUUUCCUGGGGAUUUGAAAUGAAGGGUAAUUGUGAGUUUCUUGUGCCUAUUCUGCUCAUCAUUGAAUAAAAAAACAGCUACUAAAUCCA